AGAUAUCGCCAUGACGACUGAAUACCAUGACGACGUGGAGGACGACAGCAGCUCCUUCUGGAACAAAGAGCCACGGCCCAUCUCCCUGUCGGCCGUCCACAGCUACAGACGCUGGAUGUUUCCGGCUGCGACGGCGGCGCUUGUCUUCAUUCUGGUCAUCGCUCUGGCAGCCAGCAGCGCGAAGACGUCCAGCCGUCUGUGGUCUGUGGAGAAAAGUGUCUCCAACCUGAGUGACUCGCUGAGCGGCGCCCAGCAGCUCACCAAAGAUGCAGCUAAAGACGUCCAGCGGCUGAAGUUUGCUGUGGAGAGCAACAAGGACCAGCUGACGUCAGUGUCGGAGGCGCUGAAGCAGCUCUCAGCUCUCGACUCCAUCAGGAGGACGGUCGCGGGGCUCAAGUGUUCCCUCGAACGCAUCAUCAACAACGGCUCGACGGCGGACGGCUGCUGUCCUCUGGGUUGGAACCCCUUCAGCUCCAGCUGUUACUACUUCAGCUCGGAUCCACAGUCGUGGGACGACGCCAGAGACUGGUGCAACGGACACGAGUCCCACCUGGUCAUCCUCCUCACCGACGAGGAGUGGGACUUUGUGACCCGUCACACCUCAGGCAGCUUCUACUGGAUCGGUCUGACCGAUGAGAGGACGGGGAAGUGGGAGUGGGUCAACCAGACGCCCUACGUCAUGAACCGGAGGCGCUGGAAGCCGGGUCAGCCGGACAGCUGGACGGCUCAUGGUCUUGGUCCCGGAGACGAAGACUGCGCUCAUCUUCACUUCGACGGACGCCUCAAUGACCUGCACUGCUCCACCAAGCUGCGCUACGUCUGUCAGAAACACAGCCAGCGCAGCUGAACACCACAUCCACGGUGGACCGUCCCCUACAAACACCAGCAAAUAGUCUGAUCCACAGUGAACUUCCCCCUACAUACACCAGCAAAUAGUCUGAUCCACGGUGGACCGUCCCCUACAUACACCAGGAAACAGUCCCCACCAGUCACACCUCCGCCUCUCCCGUGGUUUGUGGUGUCUUGCUGAUUGUCAGGACGUAUCCGGCUGUAUGUUGCACUAUGUGAUGCUCUGAGCUCCUGUCAGUAAUAAACACAACGGUGAGACCGACCUUGAUGCUGCCUGACCUGUUCCUCCAUCACCUGAACACACCUGCAGGUUCCACAAGCGUCCCGAUGAGCUGAUGAUCGACUAUAGAAAAGUGAUUGUUGUCCCAGUCUGUUGUUGGAAAAUUAAACAUGCAGCGUUUAAAAUGUAAA